CAUUAAUGAAAAUUAGCGGUUAGGCUAUUUCGAGCCAGUGCAUUUGCAACGCCAACUACUAGACUUUGACACAAUUAGGUUUACAACAACUAUAGAGUGGCUCCGAAAAUAAUAUCAUCACACUUAACACUGUAGCAAAUCAAUUGCAUUUGGAGCAUCAUACCAGUAAGCGAUAUUUGGGAGUAAUAAUACGAUAACUUCUACUAAAAUAUGUGGAAAGUCGUGAUAUAGAUUAAACGAAUGUGAAUUACAAUGUACGCACGAUUAAAAUGGCUGCAAUGUUUCGUAAUUAUGAAUUGUUUGCUUUUCAUCCAAGGACAAAGAACUAUAGGAGCAAUUUUUGAUGAUGGAAGUUUUUUAUUCGAAGCGGCUUUUAAUGUGGCUAUAACAGUAGCUUCUGAAAAUGAGGAAAGACCUUUCGAAGCAAAUGUCGUGCGGACAUCACCUGGUGAUAUAAUGGAAGCAGAAAAUGCCAUGUGUACUCUUUUAGAGAGCAAUAUAUUUGGAGUAUUUGGGCCUAAAACCAAAAUUACAUUGCAUCAUGUCCAGUCAAUAGCUGACUUUCUGGAAAUCCCUCAGUUAAUAGCCGAACCAGUUGAAACUCUAAAUCGAAAUUGGUCUGCUGUUAAUUUAUAUCCGAAUCAUAUAGCUUAUUCACAGAUAUUUGCUGAUAUUAUUGGAAUGAAAAGCUGGAAAGAAUUUACAAUUAUUUAUGAAGGUUCUGAACAUUUACCUUUCUUAGAUAACAUAAUUUCUAUGCAAGAAUUAGAUUCUGAAGAGAAAAUGUUAAUAACAGUAGUACAGUUACCAGAUGGUGAUGAUUUCAGAUCGCAGCUAAAAACCAUUAAAGCUUCAGGUUCUGUUAAUUAUCUUAUAAGCUGUGGUAUAGAUAAGUUACCGCUAGUGUUAGAACAAACUCAACAAGUUGGAUUAAUGUCUGAUGAUCACAGCUAUAUAAUAAUGGAUCCUGAUUUUCAAACGAUUGACAUCGAUCCCUAUAAACACGGAGGUUCUAAUAUAACAGGAAUUAGAUUUUUUGACCCAGAAUUAGAAGAUAUUAAAACUUUUAUGACUUCUCUGAAUGAAAAAGUAAAAGAACUUUCCGAGGGACAGAUUGAAAAUGCAAUAGAAGAGAAUGGCCUUACAUUGAGCCUGGCGCUCGUACAUGAUUCAGUAAUUUUGUAUACCUCGGCCAUAAAAGCAAUGGGUUUGGAGGAGGGCGCAGAGAACAUUACUUGCGAUAGUGAUGAGAGUUGGACAUUUGGUUCAACUCUUAUUAAUCAUGUUCGAACAAUGGAACUUGAUGGUUUGACCGGGAUGAUAAAAUUUGACGAAGAAGGUAUUCGCUCAGAAUUAGAAGUUGAUAUAUUGGAAGUUAUGGCUCAUGGUUUUGAAAAGGUAGGAUCAUGGACAACAGAAGAUGGGUAUACUGAGUCCAGGAAAAUUAUUCCUCCAGUGGAACAGGAAGGAAGUGACUCAAUGAAAGGAAAACAUUUCAUAGUGAUUACAGCAUUGAGCGCACCGUAUGGUAUGCUAAAGGAGUCUUCAAAAAGACUGGAGGGAAACGACCGUUACGAAGGUUUUGGAAUAGAAAUUAUAGAAGAGUUGGCAAAGAUGAAUGAAUUCAACUAUACAUUUGAUAUCCAAGCUGAUGGCGUUUACGGGUCAUACGAUUCUAAAACAGGCAAAUGGACCGGAAUGAUGGAGAAAAUAAUGGAUGGAAGGGUCGAUUUUGCGAUAACCGAUUUGACAAUAACUGCGGCUCGACAGAAAGCAGUUGAUUUUACAAGUCCUUUUAUGAAUUUAGGUAUCACCAUAUUAUACAAAAAACCCACAAAGCAACCACCCGACUUGUUCUCAUUUAUUUCACCAUUUUCAUAUCAGGUUUGGGGCUGGUUAGCAGGGGCUUAUGUUGGUGUCUCUGCGUUACUUUUUUUACUUGGACGAUUUGCACCAGAAGAAUGGCAGAACCCAUAUCCCUGCAUAGAGGACCCAGAAACUUUGGACAAUCAAUGGACCUUUGCAAAUUCAUUUUGGUUUACGUUGGGUAGUGUACUUACACAAGGAUCUGAAAUAGCACCAAUCGCAGUAUCUACAAGAAUGGCUGGUAGUAUGUGGUGGUUCUUUACACUUAUCAUGGUAUCAUCAUACACGGCUAAUCUUGCUGCAUUCUUGACUGUGGAGUCUAAGUUCUAUGCUAUCAAAAGUGUGUCAGAUUUAGCAAGCAAUCCGUAUGGAAUUCAGUAUGGGGCAAAGAAAGGCGGGGCUACGUUUAGCUUUUUUAAGGAAUCUGACAAUAUACUUUAUCAAAAAAUGUACGAAUAUAUGGAAGCUCAUCCAGAGAUGAUGCCACCUACAAAUGAUAUCGGACUUGAAAGAGUUAAGUCUGAAACUGAAAAUUACGCAUUUCUAAUGGAGUCUUCAUCAAUCGAGUACUUGGUAGAGAGAAAUUGUGACGUAGCUCAAGUGGGCGGGCUUUUAGAUAGUAAAGGAUAUGGAAUAGCUAUGAAGAAAAAUUCACCGUACAGACAACCGAUGAGUGAGUCAAUACUACAGCUGCAAGAACAAGGAAAGAUUUCUAGGAUGAAAGACAAAUGGUGGAAGGAAAAAAGAGGAGGCGGAGUGUGUGCGGAUGACGAUGAAGGCAGUGGAGAUGCACAGCCAUUAGUGCUAGCGAAUGUGGGUGGAGUGUUCAUCGUACUUGCAGCUGGUUCGGGUAUGGCAGUAAUCUGUGCCUUUAUAGAAAUGAUGAUCGAUGUAUGGUUAACGGCGCGAAGAGUAAAGGUACCAUUUAAAGAAGAGUUGGUUGCUGAAUUGAAAUUCAUAUUCAGCUUUAGUGGAGACGUAAAACCUGUCCGUCAUAGAGAAUCAACUGGUAGUGGAUCCAAAGAAUCUAAGAAAGAAGACGGCAAGGAAGGCGAUGAUGUGGAAUCACCCAGGGAAAGUGAAAAUAGGGAUGACGCAGCGCCUUCACGACAUUCGGAAAGAUCCAGCCAUUCACACCAUAUUUCACACAGUAGACGGCAGAGUAACGCAAUACAAAUGGCAAGAACACGAAAAUAUAGCAGACAAUAUUCAAACAAGUCCCAAUUGAUACCUGAAAGUUAAAAAACAUGAAAAUGUGAGCUUUGAUAGUUUAUGUGAGAAAUAAAUGAAUUCUGGUAUUAAAACA